AUGGCGGAUCGAAGGAGCAGGGCCGUUUUCAUUUCAUCAGCUUUGUUCUUCCUCCUGUUGGGCUGCUCACUAGAGCAGCGAAUUUCGAUUUCCGGUCAAGAGCGGCUUUCUUUGCUACAAUUGAGAUCCUCGUUAGGGUUACGGGCCAGGGAAUGGCCCAUUAGAUCCGACCCCUGCGCGUCGUGGGUGGGAAUCCGGUGCGCCGGCGGCAGGGUCACAGGAAUCAACAUCUCCGGGUUCAGGCGGACGAGAAGGGGCGGCCGGAACCCUCGAUUCUCAGUCGACGCCCUCCGUAAUCUGACCCUUUUGUCCUCAUUCAACGCCUCGAAUUUCGCGCUUCCAGGGCCGAUCCCCGAGUGGCUCGGCCUGCAGCUUGACGCACUCCAGGUGCUCGAUCUAAGGUCUUGCUCCGUUAACGGCUCUCUCCCGGCCACCAUCGGGAAUUUAAGCAGCUUAGUGGAACUGUAUCUGUCUCACAACAACCUCACCGGUGUAAUUCCGUCGAGCUUAGCUCGGUUAACCAGUCUCAAUGUGCUCGAUCUCUCGCAGAAUAUGCUCUCCGGCCAGCUGCCCGACGAGCUUUGGUCAUUGCCGGAAUUGCAAUAUCUCGACGUGUCUGUUAAUAACUUCACCGGCACACUUCCCAUUGCCAGCCCGCGACUUAGUAAUAAUGCAAGUAGUUCCUCAGUAGUAGUAAACAUAUCGAGCAAUUCAUUUUACGGUAAUAUAACCCCAUUGAUUACAAGUUUUAGCUUCAUAGACAUGUCGGGAAAUUACUUUCAAGGUCUUGUCCCAAUCUACGCACGUGGGGCCGCCACGUCACUCGAUCGAAAUUGCCUAACAAACUCCACCACGGCCCAAAGGACACUAAUCGAGUGCACCUCAUUCUAUUCAGAUCGGAAUUUGGUUUUCGACAAUUUCGGAUCUCAUUCUCCACCUUCUUCUCGUCCGAGCAGAAGAAGCCGAAGAAGAUCGGUCAUUAUAUUAUUAGCUUCCUUAUUCGGAAGCAUUGGGCUUAUUAUAAUCGGGAUCGCAUUACUCAUUAUUAUCGUGUGCAAGAGAAAGCGGGCCCACACGAGCCAGAGGGGCGGUGGCUCCCACGUCAGUGUGGUGGGGCCCACACCACCACCACUACCACUCCAAGGGGCCGAUGCCGCCUCGCUGGAUUCAUUCUCGUACGAGAAGAUUCUAGAAGCAACGGGAGAAUUAAACGAGUCGAAUUUAUUGAAAAAAGGUCGCUCGGGGGAUUUGUAUCAUGGGGUGCUCGAGGGUGGGGUCUCAGUGGUGGUGAAGAAGUUCGACUCGAGCUCCUCGGCUGUUAAGGAGUUGGAUUUUUUCAGUAAGGUCUCGCAUUCUAGAUUUGUGCCUUUAUUGGGGCAUUGUUUGGAGAAGGAAGAAGAGAAGUUUUUGGUGUACAGGCUCAUGCCGAACGGGGACUUGUCGAGCUCUCUGUUUAGGAAGGUGGGCCCGGACGGGAAUCUGCAGUCGUUGGAUUGGAUCACUAGGCUGAAGAUUGCGAUCGGGGCUGCUGAGGGGCUUUCGUAUUUGCAUCACGAGUGUAAUCCGCCGCUCGUUCACAGGGAUGUUCAAGCCAGCAGCAUACUUCUCGAUGAUAAAUUCGAAGUUCGGUUAGGAAGUUUGAGUGAGGUUUGUGCUCAGGAAGGUGAAAUUCAUCAAAGUCGAAUUACAAAAUUUCUUCGGUUGCCACAGUCAUCGGACCAAGGCAAUUCAGGCAUCAACCCGAACGCAACUUGCGCAUAUGAUGUCCACUGCUUCGGAAAAAUCCUCCUCGAGCUCGUCACUGGAAAUCUCGGCAUAAGCUCCCCGGCAGCGGACCCCACCGCCACUAAGGAAUGGCUCGACUCCACCCUUCGCCACGUCAGCAUAUACGAUAAAGACUCUGUGACCAACAUCGUGGACCUGACCUUGAUGAUCGACGAGGACCUUUUGGAGGAGGUUUGGGCCAUGGCCAUCGUGGCCCGAUCGUGCCUCAAUCCAAAGCCCAACAGGCGGCCCAUCAUGCGCUACGUUCUCAAGGCAUUGGAGAACCCGUUGAAGGUCGUGAGGGACGAGCAGCAAUCGACGAGCUCCGAUCGUCUGAGGACGGGCUCGUCGAGGGGGUCGUGGAACGCGGGUUUGUUCGGCAGCUGGCGGCGGAGCUCAUCCGAUGUGGCGGCGGCACAGCCGGGUACGGUGGGGGCCAAGUCGGGGAAUAAUAAUAAGGUGGAGGGGUCGAGUAGUGGGAAGAGUUGUACAUCGUCGGCUAGGAAGAGUUCGAGGGAGAUAUUUCCGGAGCCUUUGGAGGAAGGAGUGGUUUGA